CCCCCUCUAGAGCCCGGUGUUAAUACUCAAAGGAGGCUCGACAAGAUGACCGUCAUCAACCAUGCCCUCGCCUCUUCGCGCAGCAAGUCGCGCAAGGCGCACUUCAGCGCUCCCUCCAGCGAGCGCCGUGUCAUCAUGAGCGCUCCUCUGAGCAAGGAACUCCGUGAGAAGCACAACGUCCGCUCCAUCCCCAUCCGCAAGGACGACGAGGUCACCAUCGUCCGGGGCUCCAACAAGGGCCGUGAGGGCAAGAUCACCAGCGUGUACCGUCUCAAGUGGGUUGUGCACGUCGAGCGUGUUGUUCGCGAGAAGUCCAACGGCCAGAGCGUUCCCCUCGGCAUCGCCCCCUCCAAGGUUGUCAUCACCAAGCUCCGGAUGGACAAGGACCGUGAGCAGAUUCUGGAGCGCAUUGCUAAGGGACGUGAGGCGACCAAGUCUUCGUAAAGGGUUUUUUCGCAUCGGUUCUGUUUUCUUGUUGCAAAUUAGGGUGAUGGCGUGGGAGUAUAUGAGAUACUCAAAAUGAAAAU